CUAACAUUAUUGAUCUUGGUAAUUAUUAAUUAUUAUUUAAAGCAUAAUUUGCCUCUUUUGCAAUCUCUGCCAUAAACCUGUCAAUGACAGCUUCAAGAACCUAACAUCAAAAGCUUUCAAAUCUUAAAUUCGACUGUCUUUGGAAUUCUUUAGACUAACAUAUGACUCAACUGCGCUUAACUGUACUUAUUUCAAGAACAAAGUUAAAAGUGCACUUUAUUUAACAUCUAAUAUUCACAGCACUUUUAUUUUUGUAUUGGCACUUUUUGGAUUCAUAUUUAAAUUUAUUUUUUAUUGUUCUUGACAUCAGGGCCACUUAGCUGUUCUGCAAUCAAGCUAGCACAAAGAACGUUCAAUGUUCAAUUUGACUUCAGACCUAUGAUCUCCUGCUAAUAGUAAUAAAUAUAUGUGACCCCAUAAAAAAGAAACUUCGGAGAUUUAGGAAAUUGUAAAUAAUCGGUAUACAAAAUUUUCACAAUACAAAAGAUAAGUGUUUUACUCCACCUGGAUGCCAUUCAAAUUUAACUUAGUAUUGCUUGAUCAGUAGAGUUAUGCUAUCACCAAGACACAGUGUGGCAAUGUCAUCUUACAGAGGGUUUCAUUAAAAGUAAGAUGAGGGAGCACUACAUUGUAUGUGGUCGUAUGAAGAUGAAGUGCAAUUCAUAUUGGACUCCCCAGUUAGAAAGACCUUGGCUACAUGACAAAAUUGCAAUGUAGACUAUGUUUUGUAAUCUAUUGUUCGCAUAAGCCAUGUUUUUUUUUUACAUAUUUCCUAUAACUAUUACUUGACAAAUGUGCCCAUUGUAUGUGCUGACUGGAUAUGUACAACUUUACUACAUGCCUUUAAUACUGUAGUCCAUCAUUGAAUUGUCAUUCAGUUGAUGUGAAAGCUUAGCAGAAACUGACCCAAGUUGUUGCCCUGUUGAUAAAACUGUUCUUAUCAUCAUCCAAAUCAGAUCCUGUACUGGUAUUUAAAGGAGUUUAAAGAGGUUGGCUUCUGUUCAGUAGAUCACAGGAGUCACAAAAUAUGCUUGACAAUAUAAUUGUUAAGCUGGCCAAAAUUUGAAUUGACCCAAACAAUUCAGAUCCUGGGCCGGUGCAAAUUGUGACUGUAAACUGUGGUUAUACAUAUUCAUUUUUUUUUUCAUAGUUUUAUGCUAAUCUAUUUUAAUCAUUUUUAACUUUAACAUGCAAUCAUCUAGAUGAGUUUUCAUUACAUUUGUGGUUAUGUUCAGUUGAUUAUUAUUUAUUUUAUACACUUUUCUUAUUAAUUUUCUGUUAACUUUUGUCCAAUCUCGUCCUCACUCAUUCUUUUCCUUUGAUAUUUAAAUUGCUAAUAAAUAUAGUGUCAAACUAUUAUUUAGUAGUUAAUCUUACUUUGAAAAAUAUGUUUUACGUUAUAUUAGUUUUAUGUUCUGUAUUGUGCAUUUAAUGGACAGGGGUUGACUAGUAUUUUCUUGUGCAUCUUUUGGACAAUCUGAGGCCACAGAAACAUUACCAACAGGGUGUUUUACAGUAGUUGGUAAAAGGUAAAAGGGGUACGGGCACUUGGGUAGGUGGAUUGAGACAGAGCACUAACAAAGGUGGAUAAAAACUAUGGAAUAGAAAAUAUACCAUGGUAAACAACUCAAAGCCACUAUAUUCCCUGUAUGUGAAGAGAUAAUAAUUUAGUGAAUGGACCUAGAGCUUUGUUUGCCUUCCAAUCCCAUGCUCCUAGUUUGUUAACGUGUGCAUAGAUCUGGGUUAUUACAAAUUUCUUUGGGAUCUUUUCCAAUUUUCAUGUUUAGUAGCACGAUAUAAGACUGGUUUUAUUGCAGUUUUGGUGAGGAAGCACCCCUUUUUCUUGUUGUUGUUUUCUGAUUGGUUGGUUGUUUAUUUAUUUGACUUGCUUGUGCAGUGCAUAAAGAAAAGUAGUUAGCAAAAUGGAAUACAGAAUACUCUUAUAAAAAAAAUUCCAUUCUCAAUUGAUUGAUUGACAAAUCAACCAACCAAUCAUAAUUCCUCAAUAUAUGUAAUGAUUAGGUAUAUUUUUAAUUAUUUUUUCAUCAAUAUUCAAUAUAAUUUUAGUUCUGUAGCAUUCUAAAAAUCACUCAUUUAUGAAAAAUAAUAUUCUGAUAAUUUUGAUUUGCUCGUCAGCUUUUUUAACCCCUGUAGAUUAUUUAUGUAUUUUAAAGAUUGUUGCAUUGAUUCUGCUACUAAAACUAUGAAUACUAAACCCUGCACUCCAUUGUUAUAUAUUACUUGUUUUUCAUCAGUUAGUUAAGUUCCAUUCUUUUUAUUUUCUUGCAUUACUGAAAAUCCAAUUUAUUUUUAGCCUAUCAUCAUUAAAAUAGAUCAUUUAUUGUUUUGUGUAUUCUAAUAUAUAUGUAUAUACAUAUAUUUGUAUAUUUAUAUAAAUUUAUAUACAUAUAUUUGUAUAUAUAUAUAACAUAUAAUUAUAUAUAAGAUAUAAGGUGAUGAUGUGUAAGGCUCAUUUCCAAAUUCUGUUUAACAAAACCUUGCAUGUUUGUGUGUAUAUAUAUAUAUAUACUGUAUAUGGGUGUAAAUUACUUGAUUACCCUUAGUUCACAUACUCAAACAGUCAGCAAUAUAUGUUUGUAUUUGUAAUUUUUUCCUUUCCAUGUGUGGUUUGAAGUAAGAUCAUUAUGCAAUGGUUUGGGUACUAUUUAUAUUAGCGAGGUUUCGAUUGGCGCGACAGUGCAACGCUAAAAAAGAUUCACUCAUGCAUGCCCGUCCUACGUUCUCUGCACAGCUUACAUUUGGUCAAUUUGCGUCCUAGAAUCCAUGCGACGAGGAGAACUUAAUGUUCUCGCAAGCGCAGAUGAUUUCUUAGUGACGUCAUUAUGUUUUACAUUUUACUGCAAUCGAAUGCUCCCUUUUAUUUUAUAUUAUUGUUAGUAGCAGGUGAGGCCAAAGGUAACUGUAAGGAGGCAUUAUAGAUAGUACUUCCUUCAUCAGUGUUUGUGUUGUGUUGUACCCUAAUUUUUUAACAGGCAAAGAGUGUUAGUUAUCUUAUAUUUAUUCAACCUAUUUUCCUUCAUAUUGAUUUAUUAAGUGUAGUUUUUUUUAAAUGAAAUUUAGUAACAUUAAUUAUCUGUUGCAUCUCAAUAUUCUUAUUUUCUUGCAAGAAUCUUUCUAAUUAUUUACAUGGUUAAUGAAUACUAGCGUGCAUAAUUUGUUAGUUUACACAACAGAGUGUUUGUGUGAAUAAAUAAAUUAAUUUAAAUAUAUUUAAAUAAAAAAAUAUUUCAAGUCAAAGAUGUCCUUUGAUGGUAGCUUAAAAGGUAAGUUUCAACCAGUUUGGUUGGAUUGGCUUUUUUGUUAGAUUUUCAAAGAAACUGAUUAACUAAUAUCACAUUCUGAAUCUGCACUAUUACUCCUCUGUUCAUAAUUGUUGUUUUCUUUUAUUUUUCUACUAUCUACAGUAUACUUUUAAGUAAGGUGAAUGUUGGCCAUGUUUUUUUGCAAAACAUGGAAACAUAAUUGCAUAAAUGGUAAACCGAGAACAUGUGUUUUUUUUACGCCACAGGUACAUUGUGUCGGCAGUGAACCGAGAAAGGUUGAUUAUAAACCUAGUAUUUAUUUCAUAAUUCGAAGCAUUAUAUAUUCAAGAUGAUUGAAGGAUCAUGUGAUGGAACCAGUGGGGAAUGGUCCAACAACAGCAGCAACGGAAGUCAAAUCUGAAGUGCCUGCUGGUAAGCAUGACUCAUUAGCUGACUUAAAGGUGAAUUUCUACUGCGAUUGCUGUAAUCAGCAAUUCUACAAACGUGCCGACUUUGACAACCAUAAAAGUGCGAGUGGCCACAACAAGUGUGUGAACCAGUCAAAGUUAAGUGAAAGUUGCUUCAAGACAGAAGUUAAAACACGAAAAGAAUUGCGUGAAUUGGAAAAGGAAAAAUCAAAAUUCUUAAAUUCUAGUGGGAGCCUGAUAAGUUCUGCCAAUAGAUUUGCAAAAAUUACUGUAAAGGAAGAAAGAGAAAGUACUUUACCACAAAAUAUAAAUGAUGAUGGUGAACAGACUUCAGGUCAACUAAUUGAGGAUAUCUCUUGUAAGGAACAAGAGCUUUCAAAACAAAAUGAAAGUCAACGAGGAAAAGAGGUUGCUCGUAAACGUCUGAAAGCAUUUUCACAGUUCCGUAGCACUUCCCCUAAAGCCCAAGAAGAUGUUACAUCUCAGAAAUCAUCACAGAUCACCUUUACAUUGACAAAAAAAUCUCGACUGAGUUCGUACGAUCAGCAUCCCCCCACAAAGGAAAGCAAGAUAAAGUCAGUUGUUGUAAAGCCAUUGAACACUGUUUCAGAACAGAAAAAACAUAUUAUUCACAAGCCUAAAGAAGAACAUUUAGAAUGUGAUAAUAAUAUAAACAUUCUUGGAGUAGAAGAAACUUUAAAUUCUGAAGUACUACCAGAAAAAUCAAAAGUAAAGACCAAGGAAGAGGUUUUUAAAAAUGACAUCAAAGUUUCAAUUGGAAAUAUACCACAAGGAAAUUUAACAAUAGGAGCAUCUCAGUGCCAAACUAUAGCUCAAGAAUCUGAAACAUCGGGUAAUGAACAGAAGGAUGGCAGUAAUGAAAACAAGCAAGGAUCGCAGGGAGGAAACAAUAAAAAGGAAGAAACAAAUGGAAAAGCCACAGACAACAAUGCUAGUGGUGCUGCCAAUUCUUCUAAUUGUAGUGGUGACAACACUGCCACAAAUGGUGGCUCUGGUGAUGGUGAUGACAAUGAGGAUAAAGAUAAAAAGAUAACGUCUGGUGGAGGCUCAAUUGAUGGAAAAAAUGGAAAUGCUGAGGAAGAUGGCGAUGGAAAUGAUAAAAAAGUAAAUGAAGAAGUAAAUGACACUGUAGGAAAAGAAUGGAAACCAUGUCCUAAAGAUAAACUCCUACGAGUCCUUAACAAAGAUGAAAGUACCAUCUUACAAUGGCCCCUUGAUAUGGUGAGUUACACCAAGGUAGAACCAUCUAUAUGCUACAGCUGUAACCCACUUCAUUUUGAAUUUAGAAAGCCAGUGAUAACAAAGGAAAAUGAAAAUAUAGAUGGUGAAGUAGAAAAUAAAAUUGAGGAUGUUAAUCUUGGAAAUCCUAAUCAGCCAAAGAACCCAGUAACACUAUUACUACCACGUCAGGUUAUAACUAAGCAAGCUGCUCAAAAUAAAGAAAACAAUGUUUCAAAUCCAGAUGCUCUGGCAGCAGAAACAUCUGUAGAAAAGAAAGCGAAGAAAUCAAAGAAAAAGAAGAAAAAAAGUAGUGGAAAGAAAGUGAUUGAUGGUAUUGAUGGAGAGAAAACAAAUUCAUCAAAACACAAAAGCAAGAAAAAGGGAUCAAGGAAACGAAAGAGAAACAAAUCUAAAGAGUCAAAGAGUGGGGAUAAAGAGUCAGGCAAGCACAGCCACCAUUCUGGGGAUAAUUAUAGUGAUUAUUCUGAUGAUGAUCAUUACAGUAAGCGAAGACGAUCUAAAAGUUCAUCAAAAGAUAAAAGUCGCAAAAGGCAUCACAGUUUCUCAAGUGAAGAUAGAAGCUCAGAUGAGGAGUAUAGGGUGAAAAAAAGUAGGCGGAGUGGUUCAAGAAAGGAUGAUGAUUAUGAGAAUGGUAGUCAUCGAUCAAGAAGCUCUAGGGAUCGUUCAAGAAGGUACUCAUCUGAUUCUGACAGUGAUAGAUCAAGAUCUAGAUCAAGGAGGUCACAUAGACGAAGCAGGAGUCGAUCAUACUCACGGUCAUACUCACGAUCAAGAUCUCGCUCACGUUCUCGUUCACAUUCCCGCUCACCAAGGAGUUCAAGAGGAUCAAGUGAUCGUAGUGGGAAGUCUGGUAGUAAGGAGUUAAGGGAAGCGCUCAAAGAACAAGCCCGUGCCAAUGCAGCUGGAAAAACAGUGCCAUUAAAAGAAAAGAAAGGUGGGAUUACAGCUGCAGGAAUACAGCAACAAAUUGCUGCUGGAGGGCACACCAUUCCAACAACCACAACCAUCAUUAGUGAUAUGGAUACUAAAAAAGAAAGUGGUAGUGGUCAAAAGCAAACUAAUGCCUCAAAUAAAGGCGAGGUGAAAAAUAAAGUUGAUAGCAAUUCUUUGAAUUCUGACUUGCAUGAAAACUAUCCAGAGAAUUCUGACGAUAAGAACUAUGAAGACCCUGAAGGAUUGUCCGAGGAGGAAAUACAGCGUCGAAAGGAAUUCUUUAAGAAGCCUGGAGCACCAGCACCAAAAGCUAAGAGGCCUGUUGCCUACCCACACAGUGUUGCAGCUGCUUUAUAUAAUAUUCAGAACCCAGAGGAGAUAAGCCAUGAGCUGCAUGAAGGAGCAUCAACCUCAUCUCCUCCUGUGUCUUCAGAAGACCAGUCUGUGAUAAAUGCAGAGGAGGAAUCAGCAUCGACUAUAAAAGAAAUGAUACCUCCAGAAGACAUAGAAAAGUACAGGCGCUUACAGGAACAAGCGCGACUUCAUGUACAACAAAAAAUGAUAGCAUCUGGGGAAAUCCCUCCACCACCUCCUCCUGAAGCACAGGCUACAAUAGAAAGAGAUGUAAUGUCGCCUUCACAGCAAUCUGUACUCCUGCAAAACCAUCCACAUCUUAUUGGAAUUUCUCGAGAUGGUGAAGUUUUACAUCAAGCAAUUGGCUCACCUCUCUUGAGCCAAACUGGAUUUGCUCAAGCUCACUUGGUGCAGCACCAUUCACUUCAUAGACAUGCAACAUCGCCAGGUCCUCAUACACCUUCACCACCACCAUCACAACAUAUGUUACCUGCAGGAGUAGUUCCUGCUUCAUUUGCUUCUCUUCGUACUAAUUUACAUCAUGGUACGCUACCAAUUGGUGGUAUUCCUGUAGGUGCAAUUCCAACUGGCGCUCUUCAUGCAGGUUUUCCAGCUGGUGCGAUCCCUGCUGGAGCUUUACCAGCAGGGGCCAUCCCUGCUGGCGCUAUUCCUACCAGUGCUAUUCAACCCGGAGGAAUUCCAGCUGGAGCCAUUCCAGUUGGAGCAUUUUCAGGUGGAGCAUUUUCAGGUGGAGCAUUUUCAGGUGGAGCAUUCCCAGCAGGAGCAAUACCAGCCGGAGCAAUUCCAGCUGGCGCCAUACGAGUAGGAGGUUUACCUGCAGGAGCUAUACCUGCAGGAUCUAUACCUGCAGGAUCAGUCCAAAGUGGGUCCUUGCCUCCGGGAGCAAUCCCGCUUGGAAUUAUACCGCAAGGAGCUUUACCUGGUGGUGCUGUUCAUGCAAGUGCAAUACAAAGGCCAGGUGUCCCAAGGUUUGCCCUUCCACCUGGAGCUGUUGUAGUUGGUGGAAUGGCACCAGGGAUGCCUGUUCCUAUGGAAGCAGUGGCAGCUCCCAGAAUACUUCAAACAGGUGCCUUUCCAAGGGGUGCCAUUCCAGCCAGUGCAUUGCCAAAGGGUGUGGUGAAAGCUGGCUCCCUUCCUAGGGGGUUAAUAUCUGUUGCAUCUUUACCCAGAGGAGCAAUACCCUCUGAAUCCUUACCUCAUGGAAUUAUAAGCUCGAGUGCCUUGCAACAUGGACUCAUUCCAGCCAGAACUAUACAAGCAGGUGGUGUUCGUCCAGGAAGUAUACCUUCUAAAGUUGGUGCUCUUCCUCAAGGGCUUGUACCUGCAGGAGCAAUUCCUAGAGGACUUAUUCAGGCUGGGGGAAUGCCCGUUGGAUCCCUACCACACGGUGCCUUCCCCUUGGAAGCACUACAGAGACAAGUAACACCUGGCCGACCUAUUCCAGGUGCUGUCCAGGUACCAAUUGGUUCGCAGGUGCGUAUGAUAAUGCCUGGCCGACAUGGUUUAGUACCAGCAGCCCAAGGUAGAUACCCAGGUGCAUAUCCUCAGUUAGCCUUUCGCUCAGGUGUAUUACAACAGCAUCCAAGUAUUAUCCAACAUAAUCCUGGUGGAAUUGUUCAUCCUGGUGGACUUCAGCCACAUCCUGGUGGAUUUCAGCCUCAUCCAGGCAUGACACAGCCUCAAAGAUUUCCGAUGCCUCAGCAAAGUGAGGGGCAUGUGCGGCUACCAAACUUAGUUGGGAAACCUCUCAUUAAAACAGCUCCUCCGAAGAGCGAUGGCGACAGAACAUAAUACAUUAGUAAAUCUAAUCUUUUAAUCCUUAAUCUAUUUUAAUUAUAUUUAAUAAUUGCAGCAUUUUGUUUAUCUAAGAGAUAAAGCUUUAUAGAAAAUCAAAAUACUAUAAAAAUAUAAUGUAUGCAUUUAUUUUAUGCAUGACAUCUCAUUUGUUACAAAUUUUAAUUGUCGGAGCAUUUUGUGUCAUGAUAUAAUGGCUUAAUCUUAUGGUUUGUUUUGUUUAGUUAUUAAUCUGCAGUUAUGGAGAAGCCUCUAAAAAUGUAUAAAGUAAUUUUUUUUAAACCAGAAAUGCAUCUACAUUUUGUCUUCUGUAAAUAAGACCCGAAAAUGUUUGUGUUGCGAAAGCCCAAGUCACCCAAGACCAAGGGUCAGCUUUCAUUCUUUCAAAUUUGAAAUAAAUAUUUAUGGCUUUUUGCCCUGUUAUUGAUUGAUAUGCAUGGGCCGUUUGAUAGUUGGCAAUGAAUCCUGGAAUUUAGGUAUAGGGGUUUUGGGGGUGGGGGGUAUGUGGGAGUUAACUGAUAUGUAGAGGGGGCAGUCUUUACCUUUUUUAUGGGUUUUUUGCUAAUGCUGUUUAGGCAAAUGGAUAUCUGUAUGCAGAUAAAGUGAAUUUUAGGAUUUAUUGAUAACACUUUAAAUGAUAAUACUGUUCUUAAAAAAGCACACCUAUAUUAAACAUCAAAAGAUAUACUGCUGUACCACAACUUCUUGAUUCUACCUGAAAUGCUUAGUAAGUGAAUGCUUAUUAUUAAGACAUAUCAUGUUUGUAUAGUUUUAAGCAAUUUAUCAAAAGAUUUAGAGAUGAUGUAUAAUGAUUAAUCAUAUAAUAUUAAUUUGUAUUUGGUGAUUAAUUGUUAUUCAUUCCAUAAUGACCACAUGAGUGAUACUUUUUCUAUAAAAUGUGAUUUUUGUUUUUUGGGUAGGUCAUUGUAGGAUAAAUUAAUUUCAAUAAUAUUAGGUGAGAUUUCUUCAGAAAUGUAUACCUUGUAUGUUUUCUUGUCUAUUAUGAUUAUAAGCACUGUUGUACACUGCAAUAAAAUGUAUUUGUGUAAAGAACUUGUUCUCUAGUGACUAUACUGUACAUAGGUAUGUCAGGAGUAUGAUAUUCUAGGAUUGUGGGUAAUUGUUUGUAAACUACCACUGUGGUUGAUAAUCAAUGAUGCAAACAAGUUUUUUCACAAGUGAGAAAAUUAAAAAACUAUAUGAUA